AUGGGCUGUUCGGCAGUGGAGGACGUGCCGAUGGACGCCCAUAUUACCGCGAGCCAACUUGCCUGCACAACACUAGAGAACAUGGCUGAAUACGAACCGAUUGUACCUGAUGUAGCCGGUGCACCACCAACCGCCGUCCUCUCUCGGCUCCUUCCUCCUCAUCUGCUUCCUCCUGCCUUCCUGCCCCGCUCCUCCUCCUCUCUCCGCGCGCUGCCACAGUUAGCCGCGUCACCCACCCGACCUUGUGGCCGCACAACCGGUGCGGCACCCGCCUUACCUCAACUGGCAGCCACAACACCUUGGUUAUCCAGUCGUCCAGCAGCACCUCCUCCAAUGCAGCCACCGAUGAGCCCAUUCCCACCCCCGCCUCAGUCUCCCCUAUCCAUGUUACCUCCAGCUCAACCAGUUCUUCCACCUCCACCCCAACCUCCUCUAUCCGUGCUACCUCCAGCACCAGCACCACCAUCUUCCAAAUGUCGCCUUACACAUUCCACCUCAGGCGCCCUCGCCCCUGCAAUCCAUGGAACUGGCGAUGGGUCCAGUUCAUGGAUCAGACCAGCUGCAAAUCCACCAAACGACAGGCACAGCCUUUCUUCCAAGAUGCUUCGGCAUGAGGACAGGUUGAGGAAAUAG